AUGGAUCUCCUUUCGCUUAAGGACCGCCCUCAGGCUGCGGUGGAAGAGUACCCUUCUGGACAGGCGUUUUCUUCUCAUAACCAAAGUACAGGUCAUUAUCCCCGUCAUAGAAGACGACGCGCCGUUACGCUGCUGGUUGACAAAGAUGGUCGGGCUUUUCCCCGUCGUCGGGUUACUCUAAUGCCGCCCUCCCUAGCCAUCUCCCGAAGCAGCCGUCGCAGCGAUUUGCUCAUUCAGGACUCCGCAUCCGGGACCAGGGGUCUUACUUGUGCUCCACUGGAGCGAUGCAUCGCACCAAAUCGACUUCCCGCAGCACUCCAAACUGCAGAAAGUCAAGGCAAAUGGCAUAAGGAAAAACUCUUGAGUGGCUGUCGGACAGGGUUCUUCCGGGAGAUCCUUCAGUGGUGGACCCUUGUUUAUUCCCUUGAACAGCCACAUUAUAUACAUCAGCACUAA